UUUCUGCUGCUCUUCCUGCGACCACAAAGAGCGGUCCUAGUGCCCUCCACAUGGUCCUAGUGCCUCCAUGUACCCUAACCGCCAUUAAACAGAAAAAAAAGAACGACGAAGCCGACUUGGAAGUGGUCCAUUGAAAGGUUGCUAGCGCGACCUCCUGUACUGUAGAAUGUAGUAUGGACCAUAGGACAGGACGAAGAAGUCCCGUUAAGAAGCUGUGGAGGCCUAAGAUGCUCUACUAGUCUGCUGGAAAUCCAAAGAAGACGAAGGAGUAAAAAUCAAAAUGGCGUUUGACAGAGAAGGCCUAAACGUGGCCACUGGCCAUUAUUGUUUCUCUAUUUGUAUUUAGUGCAUACAUGUCGUGUAGUAGAUGAAACAUUGUUAGUCAUUGUUUGUAUCCGGAUACAUUAGUCUGAGCGCACUUUAUGUGCUAGCUUAGCUUGCUAGUUAGCUUAGCUUGUUAGCUGCUAACAAAGAGACGCGGACGUUAUCAACACAUCGCUAAGUAGAGAUCAAAUGUGAGUGUAAAGUGUUGUGAUUGUGUGAAAAUGUGCGAAAGAACGAUAGCAAAGUAUGAGGAGGAACUUUGUCCAACAAAAGAGGAGAAGGAGCGACAACAUCAACUUAUGGACGCCCAAGUUGUGUUACACAGAACAGAUGUCCAGCAGCCCCCUCACAUUAAAGAGGAAGAGGAGAAUCCACAGCCUCCCCACAUUAAAGAGGAAGAGGAGGAUCCUCAGCCUCCCCACAUUAAAGAGGAAGAGGAGGAUCCACAGCCCCCCCACAUUAAAGAGGAAGAGGAGGAAGUGUGGAUCACUCAGGAGGGAGAGUGUCUUCUAGGGCAGGAGGAGGAUGAUGUCACCAAGUUUCCACUGACUGUUGUCUCUGUGAAGACUGAAGAGCAUGAAGACAAACCACCUGAGUCCUCACAGCUUCAUCACAGUCCAAACGUCUGUGAAGAACAACUUCUGCCUGAAAAACAGGAGUGUAGCUUCAGGAUGGUGAAGGAGGAUCCAUCAAAGAGGAAGACCAGGCACCACAGACCCUCUGGUGUCUCCUUUUCCUCUUUGACACAGACCCUUUCCUGUAAAAAGGAAGAGGAAGACUCACUGACGCCCCACCUAAAAGAGGAAGAGGCGGAACACAGCAUCAGUCAUGAGGGAGAUCAUCUAGAAGGACUGGUGGAGUUCCCAGUGACUGGUGUCCCUGUGAAGAGUGAAGAUGAUGAGGUCAAAGGUGAAAGUGAGGAGAAGAGAGAGGCGGAGCCUCCAAGCAGCAGCUCAACACAACACAUGACAACAGAAGCUGAUGGAGACCACUGUGGAGGAUCACAAGCAGACAAGCUCUUAGCUCCACUAUCAGAUAGUGAGGACACAACGUCACACUCUCCUGACACUGAUGAUGAAGACUCUAAAGAUGAUAAGACAUGUCACACUGACAACACUCACUUGAUAUGUUCUCACUGUGACAAAACCUUUAAAUACCAUUGUCAUCUGAAAAGACACAUGAGUACACACACUGAAGAAAAACAAUUUUCCUGUUCAACCUGUGGUAAAAGUUUUGAAAAAAGUUGCAAGUUGAAAGUACACAUGAGAACACACACUGGUGAAAAACCUUUUAUCUGUUCAAUCUGCAGUAAAGGUUUUGUAGAAAGUCACAAUUUGAAAGUACACAUGAGAACACACACCAGUGAAAAAACAUUUUCUUGUUCAAUCUGUGGUAAAGGUUUUGCUCUAAGUACAUAUUUGAAAGUGCACAUGAGAACACACACUGGUGAAAAACCUUUCUCCUGUUCAAUCUGUGGUAAAGGUUUUGUAGAAAGUCACAAUUUAAAAGUACACAUGAGAAUACACACUGGUGAAAAGCCUUUUUCUUGUUCAAUCUGUGGUAAAGGUUUUGCACAAAGGUCUGGUUUGAAAAUACACAGAACAAUACACACAGGAGAAAAAUCAUUUAUUUGUUCAAUCUGUAGUAAAGGUUUUGUUCUAAGUAACUAUUUGAAAGCGCACAUGAGAACACACACUGGUGAAAAACCUUUUUCCUGUUCAAUCUGUGGUAAAGGUUUUGUAGAAAGUUGCAGAUUGAAAGUACACAUGAGAAUACACACUGGUGAAAAACCUUUUAUCUGUUCAAUCUGCAGUAAAGGUUUUGUAGAAAGUUUCAAAUUGAAAGAACACAUGACAACACACACUGGUGAAAAACAUGUUUCUUGUUCAAUCUGUGGUAAAGGUUUUGCUCUAAGUAAAUAUUUGAAAGUGCACAUGAGAACACACACUGGUGAAAAACCUUUCUCCUGUUCAAUCUGUGGUAAAGGUUUUGUAGAAAGUCACAACUUGAAAGUACACAUGAGUACACACACUGGUGAAAAACCUUUUAUCUGUUCAAUCUGCAGUAAAGGUUUUGUAGAAAGUUGGAAAUUGAAAGAACACAUGACAACACACACUAGUGAAAAACCUUUUUCUUGUUCAAUCUGUAGUAAAGGUUUUGCUCUAAGUAAAUAUUUGAAAGUGCACAUGAGAACACACACUGGUGAAAAACCUUUCUCCUGUUAAAUCUGUGGUAAAGGUUUUGUAGAAAGUCACAACUUGACAGUACACAUGAGAACACACACUGGUGAAAAACCUUUUAUCUGUUCAAUCUGCAGUAAAGGUUUUGUAGAAUGUUGCAAAUUGAAAGUACACAUGAGAACACACACUGGUGAAACACCUUUCAUAUGUUCAAUCUGCAACAGAAGCUUUUGUGAAAGACUAAACCUUGUAAGACACAUGAGAACACACCCAGGAGAGAAAGUGGUGAGUUGCAGUGUGUGUGGUGAAAGAUUCUCUUCUAAGUACCAGUGUAAGAAACACAAGUGUGCUGGUGAGAACAGCAGCAGCAAAUGAAACUGCAGGAUUUGAAAUAAACUGUCAAGACUUUAAUUUUGACUUUCUAACAACAUCAGCACAUAUAACAUGUGUGACACUGUUGUUUGUGUAACAAUCUUUUUAAUAUGCUUCUAAAUUUAUAUAUUUUAUAUUGGUGCUUUUUUCAGUCAAGUACAUGCAUUAAUAUGCAACUUUGUGUACUUUUAUUAAACAUUGAACAGAACAAUUUGACUGAAAAGGUGAGAGUAAACAGUACAAGACAUAUUUUACAUACAAUAAAAAAAUGUAUGUGUAUAUAAAUUCAUCAUACAAUUUUAGACUUAUUCACAAUAGUGUUUUCUAUAUGUGUUUGAAAUAUUGAAGUGUGACAUAUUUUUAUUUCUAAUUAUUAAUGAUCCCAUAGAUUAGCGCCUUUAUAUGAUAUACAUAUGUACUGGUUCACAUCUUUAAGUUAAGUUAAGUUAAAGUACCAAUGAUUGUCACACACACACUAGGUGUGGUGAAAUUUGUCCUCUGCAUUUGACCCAUGCCCUUGAUCACCCCCUGGGAGGUGAGGGGAGCAGUGGGCAGCAGCGUAGCCGUGCCCGGGAAUCAUUUUUGGUGAUUUAACCCCCAAUUCCAACCCUUGAUGCUGAGUGCCAAGCAGGGAGGUAAUGGGUCCCAUUUUUAUAGUCUUUGGUAUGACUUGGCCGGGGUUUGAACUCACAACCUACCGAUCUCAGGGCGGACACUCUAACCACUAGGCCACUGAGUAGAAACAUCUUCAAUCACUGUCCCUGAAAACCUCAAAUAAAGCCAGAAAUCUUGGGGUUAUUUUAGAUUCUGAUUUACAUUUCGACAGUCACAUCAAAUCAGUAACAAAAUCGGCCUACUAUCACCUCAAAAAUGUAAAAAGACUUAGAGGGCUCAUGUCAGCUCAAGACUUAGAAAAACUUGUACAUGCCUUUAUUACCAGUAGGCUAGACUAUUGUAAUGGUCUCCUUGCAGGUCUUCCCAAAAAAACUGUCAGGCAGCUACAGCUUGUUCAGAACGCUGCUGCUAGAGUUCUAACAAAGACCAAAAAAUGUGAGCACAUUACACCAAUUCUUAAAUCCUUACAUUGGCUCCCUGUACAUCAGAGAAUAGAUUUCAAAAUCCUCCUGCUCACAUAUAAAUCACUACAUGGUCUAGGGCCCAAGUAUAUCACUGAUAUGCUCCCACUAUAUACGCCCUCUAGAUCACUAAGAUCUUCUGAGACCAAUCUGUUAGCGGUUCCAAGAGUAAACUCAAAUCAAGGGAGAGCAUCAUUCAGUCACUAUGCAACAAAUAGCUGGAAUAAACUUCCUGAAGAUGUCAGACUUUCCCCAACUCUCACUACUUUUAAAACUAGACUGAAGACUUUUAUGUUCACCUUAGCUUUCAGCUAAAUCUUUUAAUCUUUUAACUUUUAACGUCUGCACUGUUUUUAUUUUUAUUUUCUGCAUUUUAAUUUUGCUUUUAUUUUCUUUCAUUUCACUUUGUUGUCUGUGAAGCACUUUGAGUCUGCCUUGUGUAUGAAAAGCGCUAUACAAAUAAAGUUGCCUUGCCUUGCCUUGCCUUCUGGACCACUUCAGGAAGCAUAUUAUUAUUUACUUUAUACAUUAUUUGAACAGUUGUCUUUGUACAAUUUUAAAAUGUGUGACUUUAUGAAUUAUAUGUUGGGUCUCUAUAAUCCAUUUUAUUAAUUAUCUUUAUUACUCUCUUUUGUAACAUGAUGAUUGUGUUGUGAUUGUUUUAUAUGUAUGUCCCCAGACCUUUAUGCAAUAUAAAAGUGCGAGAAAAUGACUGAAUUGUUUGUGGAAGGAUUUUUUUGUUUUUGCAAACAUACAUUUGUGGAUUAAACAAACAUUUCCAUUAUUGUGUUUUAAACAUUUUUUAUGUUUUUUUUCUUUUUCUUUUUUAACAUCCCCAAAACAAUAUCAAUUUCAGAAAACAAGUUUGGAGUGUCAGGCAAAAGCCAAUAUUGUACAUCAUCC